AAGUUGUUCUAAAACCGCGACCGGGGUGCCUGGUCAACACCCUCUCAUUCUAUUUCUUGUAUAUCUUUCACCUAAAGCUUGGAUUAUCAUGUUUUACUCGGAAGCUAUUCUAUCACGCCGUGGGCCACUGGCCAAAGUAUGGCUCGCCGCACACAUGGAGAGAAAACUCUCCAAAACGCAGACGUUACAGACGGACAUUGAACAAGCAGCGGAUGCCAUCAUGGGACAGGAGGUUGAAGUCAUGGCACUACGUCUCAGCGGACAAUUAUUGCUCGGAGUUGUUCGAAUCUACAGUCGCAAAGCGAAGUAUCUAUUGGAUGAUUGUAACGAAGCUCUUCUCAAAAUCAAGAUGGCAUUCCGCCCGGGUGUUGUCGAUAUGACGGAGGACCAACUGGCUGUGAAUCGCAAUGCCAUUACACUUCAAAGUGGUAAUCUUGACUUGGACGUUUUACUUCCAGAUAUCAACUGGGACAUCGAUUUUGAGGACCGUAUUGCUGAACCUCAAGGUCAUCAUGUUGCACGACAAGCAGAUAUCACUCUCCAAACUGCCGACGACCUCCAAUUUGACCUUGACGAUCCUGGCUACGGUUUUGACCUUGGUCCGUCGGAUGGCAUCGGUUCACAGGACUUCGGGGAGCUCGAUCUCGGUCUUGACUUCGGCGACGGACCUGCGAGCGUUAUCGACGAGAGCGUAGAAGUAGGUCGUGAUGCCCCGACUCCACGAAGUGCUAGAGAGUCGUUGGACUCCAGAAUGAUGGGAAAUGGUGGAGAGGGUGAAGAUUUCUUCUCGAACAGAAGUAGAGAACCCUCCGAACAUCCAUUUGGCGCCGACAUGAACGUGGACAUGGGCUUUGGUCCAGACAUGGGAGCUAUGGAUAUUGACUUGGGUAUUGAUUUCGGGGACCGCCCGUUGAGCGAACGUGAAAAGACUCCUGGUCAAACCAGGUCUCCUUCUCGGAUGUCCUCUCCGCUCACUGAGCCUCCGCAAACACCGCCACCUGAACUUCUUCUCACACCAAAAGCAGCCGCACAAGAAUUAGCUGACGACGAAGCCGCUGCGAAGACCAAGCGCAAGCCCAAAGAAAAGAAGCAGAUAAUUGAUUCUGUUACGGAGCUCACUGAUGGCCCCGGAGCUAGAGCUGGUCGCGGUCUAGGUGCACCUGUUGUCAAGGAUGUCAGUGAUAUCCUUGCGGAACAUCCAUCUCUCCCGCGUUCUGCGAUGGUGAUGCGACUCAUGGAGAUCCGCGAGGAUCCCCUUGCAUAUUUUCUUCCCACCAAGGUUACACCCGAAGGGACAUUCUUCCUUGCUGGGCCCCCUGGAUUAGCACCUGAACUAUCCGACCUGUUCAUGCGUCCUCUACAGACCGGCCUUCCAUCGAAGAAGAGGGGUGCAUCCCCUGACAAGGCAGGGAGGAAAAGGCCUAGGGUUGAGGGGAGUAUACAUGAAGAUGAGCAGGUCGAGCAAGCUCGGCGGGAUGCCAGUAUAGCUCCGAGCGUCGCAAUCGCUAGUGAAGCCCUUGGCGGUCGUGCCAGUAUAGCUCCUGAUGGCGGCUUCGACUUUGGCGACAUGACAGGCGGUUUGGACGAUUUUCAUAUGGAUAUUGGUGGUGAAUUCCCGAUGGCACAUGACGAACUGGGAGUGGAACGAGGCAAAGGUGCUGCAACAGAGCAAAGUCGAUCGUCCACGCCAGCCGUUGAGGGAGAAGAAGGUGAAGAGACCUACGCCGAUCUGACGUGCCCUAUCGCGUCUUUCGAUGUGCGGCCCUCGCCCUCUCAAGCGCAGGAGGCUGCCGGUGAUGGUGAAGGCACCGGAUACAGCAAAAACACAGUAAAGGCACUAGGUAUCAUUCGCAAGGAGCUCAAACCCGAAGGCCGCGAGCAUGACGAAGAGCGCGUUAUGAGCUUCCGCAAGAUGACGGAAAAAGCUUCUCGGCGUGCUGCGUCUGCGUUCUUCUUCGAGCUCCUUGUCCUUGGAACGCGGGAUUGCGUUAAACUGUCGCAGAGCGCCGCCUUUGAGAAUAUCGAAAUCCGUGCCAAGGACAAGUUGUGGGAGCGACAGCGCCACGGAUCUGUCGCACCAUCUAUUGCAUCUGCCAUGGGACUCUAAGCGUAUUUUCUUUUUGAAUUUUCAGAUCUUGAUUCCAUGACCAUCUACGAUGUGGUACUAGGAUUUUUUAUGUGUUUAUUUUAUCUUGUGAGCUCACCACACCAAGCUUUUUGUGUGUCAUGAUGUUGCGUUCUCUGUAGCUUUCUUGAUUUAUACCAUAUCUUCCUAUACAUCCUACAGUUGUUAACAGCCUUUGAUCUGUAUGUUUUUCUAUUACUUACCUGUUCACCAAUAAGAAACAUUGCUCAGAGUCACAAACAUUGUAUUACUUACGGAUUAUUUGUCAUGGCCUGGAGAAUAUAUAUAUAUUAUUUGGACUGAAA